AUGGCGUCCAGUCUAUUUAGAACCCUAAUCAGAUCGUCCAAAUUGGGGUCAGCGGGGACCAGAAAUUUCAGCCUCGUCAGGAGUCAAAUCAGCAACCACACCGCCAAAUGGAUGCAGGAUACAAGCAAGAAAUCUCCCAUGGAGUUGAUCAAUGAAGUUCCACCCAUCAAGGUUGAGGGCAGGAUCGUUGCAUGUGAAGGAGACAUUGAUCCUGCACUUGGGCACCCAAUUGAGUUCAUAUGCCUAGACCUGGAUGAGCCAGCUAUCUGCAAGUAUUGUGGUCUUCGCUAUGUUCAAGAUCAUCACCACCACUAG